AUGGGCAGAUUUCCCUGGCAGCCCGUCGUGCUGUUCAAGGGCUGCUUUUUGCUCGUCUCGGCCGAGCUUUGCCUGCUUGAUGGCAUUCCAGAGGGCAGCAGGCAGAACGUCCGGGAGGACCUGGCAAGUGGGCUUGGAGAGGCUCCGAUCCGGAUGGUGGUUUAUGAUUGGCUCUCUGCAGAGGUGGUCUCGGAGCUCACGGCGAUUUUGCUCUCUGAGGUCUUGGGUUACAAUGUCACGCUCAAUACUGAAAGGGCUUCGGCCUCCGUCGCGGGCGCUUUGCAGCUAGCUGGCUGCGCUUCGUACGACUGCACCGAGAGACGGCCGCGAAGCCACGUGGCCAUGGACACCUGGCUCGCGGGAAUUCCCGGGGAGCUCGCGGACAUGGAGACCACGCGGCCCAAUCUGGCGCCUCAAAGGCUCGGCUCCAUGGGCUUUGUCGGCCAGGAGGCGCUCUAUGUGAAAGGCUCUGUGCGUGAAGCGGCUUACUACACAACGGGUCUGGCCCUGGACUUUUACAGGAGCUACAACGCCUCCCUGCAUGACGCGGCAAAGUUCUUCAGCAGGGUUUCUGACCUGGACACAGGGGACUUUGUUCCCUGCAACGCCAGCGGAUACGAGUCGGCCAACGAUUAUGAGAUGAGGACCUACGCGGAGGUGACAGGAGAUUGGGGAGGCAUCGUGGGAACUCCAGCUGGAUAUGUGGCCAACUGUCCGGACGACUUCUUCUGGCUGUCUCCGGCCUGUCGUCACAACAUCUCGGAGUGCAUUCCCGUCAUUGCGGCGGGGUCUGGCUGGAACUAUUAUAUUUGGAUGCAGUGGUCUACCUGGUUUGCCAUGCCGACAGCCAUCGGCAUCGUCAAAGAUGGUGCAGCUCACUGGGAGACCGUGGUGGGGAACUUUGAGACGAUUUUCUACUGGUGGUAUCCCGACGCAACUUUCCUGCAUCUGGACGCAUGGAUCUUCACGGUGCCGCGGCACUCGAGACGCGAGUGGGCAGCCAAUGAGUACAGGACGGGCUUUCCGGAAGUUUCUGUUGAGAAGGUCGUGUCGGGCCACCUUCCCGCUGUUGCGCCUCGGGCCUCCCGGUUCUUGGAAGAGUUUGUGAUGGACCUGGAGGACAUCCAGGGCCUUUUGUUGGAGGUACGUGAGGGAGCAACUCCAUGGGCCGCUGCUUGCAAUUGGGUUCGCAGCAAGAGAAGCCUUUGGACGGAGUGGAUUCCUGUGGACACACAAUGCCUGGCGGGUGAAGGGCUGCAAAACUCCAUGGACGAGUACGUCACCAACCGCUCUGAAGCGGUCGGUUGCGCGACAUGUCGUCCCGGCCGCUUCUCGAAAUCCAUCCUGGAUGGCACUGGCGCAACGUUCGUUUGUGAGCCAUGUCCUGCAGGAACUUUCGAAAGUGCCUUUGGCAAGACUGCUUGCGUGGACUGUGAUGCCGGGACCUUCGCAAACAGCUCUGGCAGAGCCUAUUGUGAUCUUUGCGACCAGGGUCGUUAUGCGAAUGCUACCGGAAUGACUUACUGUCAUGCCUGCGGCAGCGAGCAUUGGACUACCAGCCAGCUUAUGGUUCUUGAUGGCGCGGAGACAUGGGUUCAAGUGAAUGGAGUUACAUCAGAGUCUUUCUGCACGUGCAUUGCAGGUUGGCCACUUGUCGCAACAAUCAAUCUUCGCCAAGCUAGUUACGCACGUGUAGCAUGUGUCAAUGCCUCGUACUCCAUACACCCCAAACCCAAGUCGCUCUUCUGA